AAACAAACAACCUCUAAUUCCGCGAAAUUUGCGUUUUGAAAAUGUCGUCCAGCCGCUUGCGAGAUCCCUUGCAGUUUUUCGUUAACUCGGCCUACCAAUCUUUACCUAACAAACCCGCGAGGUACUACCAUAGUGAACUGGGUUAUUUUUCAAUCGAUCGCGAUAGGUUGUUCUCACAAGACAAGUCCCAAUUAGGCGUAUUGAGCCUGCCUCCCUCUGAGGCCUGCAAAAAUCUUGAUAUAGACCUGAAUGUGGGGUUUGAAGAAUGGAGAAACUUGCCAAAUGUUCAGCAACACCUGGAUUCUCUGUUGUACUGGAUUUUGCUCAACAAAGAACUAAUGACGACCGCGGGUGAUUUUCGGUGGGACUACAACCGCAAUUCGGAAUUUGGGUCUGUAUUUACUUUAUUAUGUAUAUUAUUUUUCAUUUUAUAAAUACCCAGGUCCAUGGUCUACUGCAUAAUGAUUCCCAUCACGCAGCUCAGUGGAAAGUAUGACAACUGUAGAUUCCAUUAAUAAUUAGCUUAGCGUCCGCUUAUUUUGCGUUGAAGAAAGGGCGAGUAAAUUUUUCAAAUAUUGUAAUCAACGAUCAAACGCCCUCACGGGUCACGGGUGAGGGGAAGGGGAACAAUAAACGCGGGUUGGCUCACGCUGAGAGAUCCUUUUAUUAACUUUUAGCUGAGUUUAUGCUUCAUUACUAUCGUUCAGCGUAAGAAACUGGUGUUUCGGUGUUAAGCGCUGCCCAAUAUCGGGACCUAAUUCCGAGUUCAAGUCGAUAGAAAACAAUUUCGCUUGGUUUAGGUGCCAAUAGUGACCAACAGCAAUUUUCUCCUAACAAUGUCCAUACUUUGUCAAAAGAUGAGGUUGUGAGAAUAUAAAAAAUGAUCACGAAAGAGAAAAUUCCUUGAUGUGUUAUUAAAUUCUCUCAAUUAAUUCUUAAAGGAAAUGUAUGGAGAUCAGUUUGGAGAAUUUGUAUGUGGAUACUGGGGCUUAAAGGGUUAAAGACCAUAGAUGACCCAGUCCUCCACUCGCGUGGACGCGGCAAGAUGACCCAGAUACAAAUCAUGAAACGGUAUAAGGAAGGACUGUAGUAAGAGAACUCAACAGAACACAAACACACCCACCCUUACACAAAUUCUUCAGCGAAUUGCACGUUUUUUGACAAAAAAUGUUUAGAAUACGUACAACCAGGAUUGACCUUCCUGUACACACUGUUCACAUCUCUGUUUUACUAAAAUACCGAAUUAACUGUCCUACACUAGAGGACACAGCGCCUUGCAACAGGCGGCCAGGCUUGGGAACAAAUUUUUGAAGUGUUACCUUGAAACCUUCCCUUACUUCCUUUGGUGCCUAAGUACAGCUGUAAGUACAAGACGGGCCCUACUACAUGCUAUUUACAGAUUUGAAGCCAUAUUUAAAAUGCCAUAUGUCUUUUUAUACUAUCUGUCAACCAGGAAUGCAAGCAUUCUACCUCCAGGAAAAAAAACAGUGAUAGAAAUAAACCUAUAACACUUGGUGAUUACCUUGAUUAAAAUGUCCAAAGUUAGCCAGCGUAGCAGGCGCUUGGCUCCGUUCUUUGAGUUCGAGCUUGCUAGCCGCUUGCUACGCAGGGUAGUCCAAAAUUACCUCCUCCCCUUAAAUUUCACCGAGUCUGAUCUAAUUAUCAUCCACUGCAGGCUCAACGUCGACUUUGUAACAUCACGUGGUAACUUAGCACGCAUACUCAACGUUCUUAACGGCAAGGACGGCAAAGAUUGGACUCUACUGGCCACACGUUAUCGUGGAACAGUUUAUCUAAGCCACAUUGAAGCUAACAACGAUAAAGACCUGUCUUCCUUUGGAAGGAGAGUAUGUUACUGGGGUAAAAGAUUUGAAGUGGAAGUAACUAACGAGAGAGCACCCAAUGAGGGAACAGAGCGGGAAACAUUGAAACACGGUCCAAUUAAGGCUUACCCAGGGUUCUUUUCAGUCGUGCGAUUUCAGCUUGAAAACCACACCAUUGCGUUGCGGACAGAGGUUGACGCAGAAAAUCAAGUAAGAAACAUUUACUUUCGGGUCUUAUUAAUUUAACUUACGAAUCCCCGACCCUGGGCAAAAACACAACAUUGUAAAAGUUAUAAAAGUUUCAUUUUACUCAAAUUUAAUUCCGCUCAAACCAGCAAAAACGUUCGUUCUUCAAAUAACUCAUCAGUUGACCUUUUCAACAUUUCAAUACUUCAGCUCUACCUUUUGACAAUAUUUAUGGGCUUUGACAAUCACGAUUUAGUUCUUUGCUUGCAUUGAUUCAUGGCAGAAUCAUCACAAACUAAUCUAAAAUAAUUGUGCUCCCACAAUAACGAAAUAUUACUAGGCCAAGGUUUGUUUUCUUUCGAUUAUCUCACUUUUUGGAAAGAGUUUCUGUGAGAGAUUCUCUCUUGGUUUCUGACUGCUGAGGCAGGGAAUUUAGGCAGGGGGGAUGAAAAUUGUCUGGACCAUUUUUCUCUUUUAGAGUGUGGGGGAACAGCCUGCAGAAUAUGUUGAACUGAAGAUUACAACCGAUACAAUUGUACGCGCUUAUUGGGCUUUCAACAAAAAGAGGCUCGUUCCAUGGUGGUGCCAGUCGAUCGCAGCUGGUGUGCCUCUGAUUGUAUACGGUAUCCGGGACUAUGACGGUCACGUGCGAUGUAUCCAAGAAGUCAAAACCGAAGAGAUUCCGGACCGCGUGGGGCUAGAAAAUCUUGACAGAGACAAGUACUUGCUGUUCCUGAGCGAUAUGCUCUCUUGGAUUAAGAACGAUGUCUGCAGAAAUGAAGAUGAUGUUUACAUCAUUAGCUGGGAUCCUAAAGCGCAUGGCAUGGACGUAGCCGUCAAAGCCAACCUGUUGCCUGGAGACACGGAAAAUUCAUUUUUACGUGAUUGGUACGUCAGGGAGAUAGAAGAUUAUUUUUCUCGCCGAGGAAAAGAUCGGGAGGAAAUUUUGAAAGAUCAUGCAUACGGGACUCGUGAUUCUGUUGAAAAGCCGUUGCCCCGUUUUCAGACCGCUGGUUACGACACGCCCGUUGCGCAUGCGUACUCGGAAGCUAAAGGCUACGUAAAAGGAACGACAAAAAAGAAAGAAGAUUUGCAAAAGGGGCGUAAGGAAGUGAGGGAAGACCACAUGAAAGAUCGUUUUGAGGAAUCUUGGCUGGGGAUAAAACAACCCGAAAUUUUGUCCACCGAUCCCCGAGAACAUUAUUCAGAUAAAUGGACUUUAUCUACCAAUGAAACUUACAGCCGCCAUUAUGAACAGCCUCGUGAUAGGGAGAAGGGUUUGCAUUAUCAAGAGUCCUGGGAUUCACGUUAUGAUGGUGAAUGUCGCCGAAGUAUGCUGGAAGUAGCUGACGCCGAAUCCUACUCACAACUUGAGUCUUUCAAACAUAAAGAGCAAAGAAGACCAGAGUACACAAGACUACGGGAAAAACGUCGAGAAGAAGUACGUCGGACAUCAUCCUCAGCUACAGAGAGGACCGAUAACCUCUUAAAACGAAAUUCUCGAUCUCAUCACCAAUCCUCACCAUACCCCUCACGAAGUAGGGCAGCAAAAGAUGAUGAAACACAUCGAUAUGCGGGACAAAGACGCACAGGACACGACGCGUUGCAAAGCAGAGAACGGAGAGGGCCAAUACCUGAUCAUUCACGUCCCCGGCGAUCCAGGAACGAAAGUCACUGUCCGGCUCCUGCUAGAGAUGAGCGCACCUCUGACUCAAGAACAAAAGGAGUCAACAGUUACGCAAACUACAAUGCGAGAAGGUCUCGCCGUCGUUAG